AUGAGCAUGAAGCUCGCUGUGCGUGUCCCUGCGGGCAUGUCCCCCGGCCAGACCGUGACCUUCCCCUCCACCUCGGGCGGGCAGAUGUUCACCACGGUGAUCCCAGUUGGCGUGGAGGCGGGCCAGACGUUCGUUGUUGAGGUGCCGCAGCAGGAGCCGCCGCCCACGCCGCCGCCGGACGUCCCGAUGGGACUCCCCGUAUCGCCGAUGCGAUCGCGCUCUCUUCGAGCACCGAGGGCGCCCGUCGCUUCAACUGCUCCGCUCGACACGGCGACAGGCGCGUCGCCGGUGGCGCCCACAUGGCAGGACGGCCAGGCACUGCGGCACGCCGAGUGCCCGAUCUGCUUCGAGCCGCUGGCGAGCGGUCCGGUGGGUGUCUUCCUCGCCGGCGGGCGGCGCGUCUCCAACCACUUCUUCAACCUCGGCGCGGCGCAGGAGUGGCUGCGGAGCGGCAACGGGCACUGUCCGCUCACGCGCCUGCCGAUCUCGUCGGUGCUGGCCGUGCCGGACCUGCGGGCGGACCUGCAGGCUUGGUGGCGCGUGGUCGACGUCAACGGGGACGGGCGCCUCUCGAGGCACGAGCUGAUCGAGGCGCUCAAGGCGCCGCUGCCGAUGCGGAGAAGGCUGGACCGGUCGGGCUUCAUCGAGCGUGCAGAGGCGCCCGGCCUCGUCGCUUUCGUCUUCGCCUCGUCGGGCGGCGGCAAGGGCCCCAUCCCGGACAUGGCGCGCGGUAGGUUGGGGCGGUGCAGGCAUUGGGAGCCUUCCCGGAAGCUUCGGCCACCUCUCCUAAAGGCGCGCGACAAGCUUGGCUGGUACAAUUACUGGGAUGAGGACAACUCGGGCUCACUCGAGAAGGAGGAGGACCGGUCGGGCUUCAUCGAGCGUGCAGAGGCGCCCGGCCUCGUCGCUUUCGUCUUCGCCUCGUCGGGCGGCGGCAAGGGCCCCAUCCCGGACAUGGCGCGCGGUAGGUUGGGGCGGUGCAGGCAUUGGGAGCCUUCCCGGAAGCUUCGGCCACCUCUCCUAAAGGCGCGCGACAAGCUUGGCUGGUACAAUUACUGGGAUGAGGACAACUCGGGCUCACUCGAGAAGGAGGAGCAGAUGCGCUCCACCGUCGACGCGAUCUGGGCCGUGUUUGACGCGGACGGCUCCGGGUCAAUCGAGCGAGACGAGGCCUAG